CCCAGCUUGACUUAUUAGACGCUCCUCUAACACAGAUAAACUUCGCAUUUUAUUUUAAGACACCGUUAACUAAAUAUCAACAAAAGAACGUUUAAGUAGUUUGUUCCUUGUUUACUUCAGAGUAAGUUUAUGCUGUUUUAGUCAUAUUUGAUCAGUACUGGCCGAGAACAAGAAGAAAGAAACUCGAAUGUCAGGCGAGUGUUCAAAACAAAACUAACUUUAGUUCUUGUAUUACAGUUCUUCAUUCUAAGUCAUAAACAUCCAGAUGUUUCUCCUGUACAUCUGCAUUUUGCAGUUUGUUAGCUGUGAUGACUCCUUCUCUGAACAGCCUCAGAUCAACAUAAUUGCCAGAGUGGGUUCCACAGCUCUUCUGCCUUGUAAAUGUAACACAGAGUAUUUAAUACCACAUGUUGAGUGGGCGAUUUAUUUUAAGACAGUGUUUGAGCGAUUGGGUGAUAUCUCGUAUCCUGGUAAGAGAUAUGAGGGUCGUGUGGACGUUCCUGAGGACGAGAUGAAUAAAGGAAACUGUUCUCUGGUGUUGAAGAAUGUCACAGUUAAUGAUGAGAACAUCUAUAGGUGCUACCACCCGGAGAGACUUUUUGGAUCUUUGAUCCAGACUGUUCAUCUCUCAGUUGUUGGCUCCUUUCCUGAACAGCCUCAGAUCAACAUAACUGCCAGAGUGGGUUCCACAGCUCUUCUACCUUGUAAAUGUAACACAGAGUAUCAUCUAAUACCACAUGUUGAGUGGAAGAAUGAUAAUGAGACAGUGUUUGAGCAAUUGUUUGGUAUCUCGAAUCAUGGUGAGGGAUAUGAGGGUCGUGUGGACGUUCCUGAGGACGAGCUGAAUAAAGGAAACUGUUCUCUGGUGUUGAAGAAUGUCACAGUUAAUGAUGAGGAUGUUUAUAAAUGCUAUGAGGUGGGAAACAACAUCUAUCCUCUUAAACCGCUUUUGAUCCAGACUGUUCAUCUCUCAGUUGAUGCCAAAGAAACGACAACACAGAGUUCAGACUCAGACUCUACCAGAGACUCCUUCUCUGAACAGCCUCAGAUCAACAUAAUUGCCAGAGUGGGUUCCACAGCUCUUCUGCCUUGUAAAUGUAACACAGGGUAUUUAAUACCACAUGUUGAGUGGGCGAUUUAUCUUAAGACAGUGUUUGAGCGAUUGGGUGAUAUCUCGUAUCCUGGUAAGAGAUAUGAGGGUCGUGUAGACGUUCCUGAAGAUGAACUGAAUAAAGGAAACUGUUCUCUGGUGUUAAAGGAUGUCAAUGUUGAUGAUGAGAACAUCUAUAGGUGCUACCACCCGGAGAGACUUUUUGGAUCGUUGAUCCAGACUGUUCAUCUCUCAGUUGUUGGCUCCAUCCUUAAAGAUCAGAUCAACGUAACUGCCAGAGUGGGUUCCACAGCUCUUCUGCCUUGUGAAUGUAACACAGAGUAUCAUCUAAUACCACAUGUUGAGUGGAAGAAUGAUAAUGAGACAGUGUUUGUGCAAUUGUUUGGUAUCUCGAAUCAUGGUGAGGGAUAUGAGGGUCGUGUGGACGUUCCUGAGGACGAGCUGAAUAAAGGAAACUGUUCUCUGGUGUUGAAAAAUGUCAAUGUUAAUGACGAGAAAGUCUAUAAAUGCUAUGAGGUGGCAAGAGGCAUCUCUUCUUUUAAACUGCGUUCGAUCCAGAUUGUUCAUCUCUCAGUUGAUGGAUUGUAGAGGCUACAGAAACCCAGGACGACUCAAAUGAAACAAGAGGAGAGUUCAGUGUGAUCUCCAGCCACACCGAUACAACUGAGGACACAUUACAGAUUUUCUUGAGAUCGGAGAGAAGCAGAAGGCUUUUUAAAGAGACUAGUAGAGCAUGAGGCUAGUACAGGAGAACAGAGAGAGUAUAACACAUGGUGUUUAUGGGUGAGGAGUGGUACACCCAUAUACAAUAGCAUUAAUGUGAGACAGUAAUGUGCUACUGGCCAUUGUUCUACGUAAGACUUUAUUGAUCCAUUCAGGGAACAGAUAAAAAACUUUUAAAAGUUCUCUUUAAGUAAUGCACUUAUGUAUUGUGUAAAUAAUUACACACUAUGUGUACAAUGUAUCGUGUGAUACACAAGACCAUGCAUGUAUUUACUCAUAAUGUAAUUAAGACACGGGACAGUGUUAAUGCAUAUUGAGUUACUGUGCAUGGGAUCAGUUUGACUGUGUCGUGCUGCUUCAUGAUAGCAGCCAGGCUUCUCUACAUUUUAUAACUGUUGGUAUUUAUUUUAUGACAGGACUUCCUGUACUCCUCUCAUGGCAUUAAGCUCUCCGAUAAACGAGGAUUGUCUCUCUGGUCCUACACAGGGUAGCAUGAAAGUGAAGUUUUUAAAAAGGCAUUUACAUUUGUUUUUUAAACAAAUUUUCUAAACUUUUUUCCCACUCAAGACACCAAAUUUCAAGAACAUUCGACUUCGCCCUGCAUUGAAAAAUGUGUAGCAUUAAACUUGACGUUUCCCUUAAACUUCUUGUGUGUGUGGACAGAGCUUUACAGCCAAAAAGGCACAAAUGUAUUAAAUAAUGACACAAUAAAA